CUCUCCUCGUCCCCGUUUCUCUUCAUUUUCUUCCUCCAGCAGCAUUCUGCGGAGCCCUCUUUCGCCCUUCGUUGGUCUUCUUGGUCUACUUGUAUCUGUCAUCCCGCGAAUUCUUGUGCGCGACCUUAUCAUGGCUGCCAAAUCGCAAUUGCCGAUCGUCAACGUCCCCGUGUCUGCCGAACCUCCCAAGGCCGCCCUCCACCCGGCUUUCUACAUCGCGACCUGGAUUGCCCUCAGUUCUGGUGUGAUCAUCUUCAACAAGUGGAUUCUCCACACCGCUGGCUUUAGUUUCCCUCUCUUUCUUACGACAUGGCAUCUCGUCUUCGCCACCAUUAUGACCCGCCUCAUGGCGCGAUUCACCACCUUGCUCGACUCCCGUCACCAGGUUCCCAUGACUUCGCGCGUUUACAUGCGGGCCAUUGUCCCCAUCGGCGCAUUCUUCUCCCUCAGUCUGAUUUGUGGUAACCUCGCAUACCUCUAUCUCAGUGUGUCCUUUAUCCAGAUGCUCAAGGCCACCAACUCCGUGGCGACGCUGCUCGCGACCUGGGCCAUGGGUAUUGCGCCGGUGAAGCUGAGCCUGCUCGGAAAUAUCUCGUUUAUUGUUCUGGGUGUCAUAAUCGCCUCCAUUGGUGAAAUCAAGUUCACCAUGAUCGGCUUCAUUUGCCAGUUCUUCGCAACCAUCUUCGAGUCAGUCCGUCUGGUCAUGGUGCAGCGACUGCUCAGCUCUGCUGAGUUCAAGAUGGACCCCUUGGUUUCGCUGUACUACUUUGCUCCCGCCUGUGCUGUCAUGAACGGAAUCAUCACUGCGGUGGUUGAGCUUCCCACCCUGCACAUGUCGGACAUCUACCAACUUGGCAUUGGUACUUUGUUCGCCAACGCCGCCGUGGCGUUUGGACUGAAUGUCGCCGUCGUCUUCUUGAUCGGGAAAACCUCCGCCCUUGUCCUCACCCUGUCUGGUGUGCUGAAGGAUAUCCUCCUGGUCGUCGCCUCGAUGAUGAUUUUCCGCGAUCCAGUCACCCCUCUCCAGGCGUUCGGAUACGCCAUUGCUCUUGGUGGUUUGGUUUACUACAAGCUUGGAAAGGAUGGAGUGAGCAAUCUCCUUGCCCAAAUUCGGUAUCAGCUGUGUGGCGGUGCGCGUCCCCAAAAUUAGUUGGCUGUAAAUACGAUGGGUGGGACUUUUUUGUUCCGUAUUUAGAACGUACAUAGAAAUGGGCAGGGCCCCAAUGUAUCUUCUACUUUUCUUUGCU